GUGGGAGAAGCUGAUCGUACCAGCGGCAACAGCUCAAGUACCGAUGCGAGGGUUCAUGACCGAGGACAGACUAGCGGUGCCACGGGACUCAUUCCCUUUGGUCCUGCCAUUUGUGGAGGAGGAACCGCGACACCUCAACGUCCAGAAACCGUUCCUCACACCGAGGCUACACAGGAACGAAACAGUUGCUCGCUUUCCACCGUCUUAACAGCAAAUUCAAUGUAGCCCUCCUUCUUUUGCCCGUUGCAAGAACUGCUCCAUCGGUCUUGCUGUUACGGUUCAUACUCUUUUUAUUAACAGAAAUCAGCCUCAAAACAAGGAAAUCCACACUAAGCAGUGGCUGGAAGUGAGAGACCGAUUCACAGAGGAGCUGACAGAAAGGGUUAGUGGGUAGCUACCCGGAUAAACUAAGCAGGGGGACGCCUCCAGCUUGCAGUGGAUUUACCUUCUCUAGCUACAAUCAUGGAUUGGCUAAUGGGGAAGUCUAAGACGAAGCCCAAUGGAAAGAAGCCGCCCACCGAAGAGAAAAAGCACUACUUGGAGUCAGAGUACACCAAAGUACGGGUCGUUGACUUCGAACUCAAGGAGCUUGUGGUGUUGCCACGGGAGAUUGACCUCAACGAAUGGCUUGCCAGCAACACAACAACCUUCUUCAAUCUCAUAAACCUGCAGUACAGCACAAUCUCAGAGUUCUGCACUGGGGAGACGUGUCAAGCCAUGACAGCAGCCUGCAAUACGAUAUACUACUGGUAUGAUGAGAAGGGGAAGAAGACAAAGUGCACGGCCCCGCAGUACAUAGACUUCGUCAUGAGUUUGGUGCAGAAGCUGGUGACAGAUGAAGAUAUCUUUCCUACAAAAUAUGGCAAAGAGUUCCCCAAUUCGUUUGAGUCACUGGUGAAGAAGAUCUGCAGGUACCUGUUCCACGUGCUGGCGCACAUCUACUGGGCGCACUUCAAGGAGACGGUGGCACUGGACCUGCAGGGACAUUUGAACACUCUGUACAUGCAUUUCAUCGUAUUCGUAAGGGAAUUCAACCUGGUGGACCCCAAGGAGACGGCCAUAAUGGACGACCUGUCCGAGGUGCUGUGCGCCCCUUCACCUUCACCUGCUGCACAGAACCAUGUGACGGAGAGAUGAGCCGCCUGCUGGCUGUCACAAUCGCCGCGCCCAGCAUGGGGGGAGGUUGGGGGGUAUCUCUCCCCCCCUCCCCCCUGGAGAGGGGAAGAUGGAGGCGUCUCGGAUGUGUGCAGGACUUGGAGACCUUCCACUCCCAGAAUAUUGCUACUAUGAGGACCCUGCAGCCAGACAGGGUGGGGUGGGGGAGGGGGAUGUCUGUGGCACCAGCAGGAAUUGGUGCAAGCUUUCCCCAGGGUAAAUCCUGCCUGCCUGCCCCGCCCUAUAAGAAACCAACCAUGUUUUGGUUGUUUUUGUUCUUAUUUUAUUUUCCCAAAAUUUUAAAAUCCUUUUAUUUUGCUUUCUCGGGGACACAGUUUUCUGUUCACUUUUCUCUCUCGCUCCCUAUUUUUUUUUGUCUUCCUCAGAUCAGGAUGUUGUCUCCGCCUCUUCUCAUGUACUGUUGUAUAAUGCUGUUUUUGAAGAAGACGUACAGAGUGUAGUGGCUGUUGCAUUCACCACUUCCAGGUUGCGGUAGGGGAAGAGUCCCCUGUUUGGAGUGACUUUUUCUUUUAUUUUUCAUUUGAAUAAUCAGAACAGCCCCCCCCCCCCCCCCCCCCCAGAAAAAGUUUGCAUUGCUGCUGCAAGCCAGACAGAGGGGCUUGCAUAAUAACCCUUACCUUCACAUUAGCAUUUCUAAUUUAAUAUUACAGUCUGUGGAACUGUAAUAUUACUGUGGAAUCCCUUCCCUUCUGGUAGGAACAGCCCUGAGUCUGAGAGGAAGCAGGAAGGUGACUGCAGUUUUUUGUGUAUGUAUCAGGGGGCAUGUGAAAUCUUGCCUUGAUAUGAAAGAGAGCCUCUCUGGGGCAGAAAGGAGGAAGUGUGUCGAGGGGAGGGGUUUGUUGAUGGGGGGACUUCCCUUAGGCAUGCUGCUGUAGUAUAGAGGGUUUAAGUGGCUUCAAGGGCCAAUCCUGGUCCCUCAAUGCCAAAGAUACUGGCACUAUCUACAGGUUCCCCCACCUCCAGCCCUGCUCCAUGUCUGAUAGACUGAAAAAUGAGGGUCAGCCUUGUCCAUCUGUGGGCUGUGGGAGGGGAGGUGAGGCCACAUGGCGAGGAGGACAUAUUUAAAUCACAAUCACAGAGUCAGUCUUCUGUUCCAUAUAAAGACGCUGCCAUCCUUAAAAACUCCCUGUCCUUGUGUUUCUGAAAGAAGAUUCUUUUUCAGGACCAAAGAGGACAGGUCUUACUGAAAAAGGAAACGUAUUCAUAGCCUAUAUAAUAUAUGCGCACUUGACUAGCGAUAUGGGAAGAUAAACCCCGGAGAGAGACGGACAGUUUUAAGGUCAACACUGCAUCACUGUCAUUGUAGGUGAUAGCCUCUGUGCUAAGGACGGCUGGAUUUAUUUUCCUUUUAUUUAUUUUAAAUUCUUGUUUUAAAUUUUAUGUUUUGUUUUGAUAUUU